AUGGGGAAGUUGUGGGGCCGGAGCAAGAUGGCGGCGGGCGCGGUGGCGGUGUGCGCGCUGCUGGCGGCGCUGGCGGCGGGCGCUGAGGGCGGGCCCCGCACGCUGGUGCUGCUGGAGAACGGCAACCUGCGCGACACGCACUCCAUGUUCUUCCGCAGCCUCGCGGACAGGGGCUUCGACCUCACCUUCCGGACAGCAGAUGACGCCGGCCUGUCCCUGAUAAAGUACGGGGAAUUCCUGUACGACAACCUCAUCAUCUUCUCCCCAUCCAUAGAAGACUUUGGUGGGAACAUCAAUGUGGAGACCAUCACUGCGUUCAUCGAUGGCGGCGGCAGCGUCCUCGUCGCCGCCAGCUCAGACAUCGGUGACCCCCUGCGAGAGCUGGGCAGCGAGUGUGGGAUCGAGUUUGAUGAGGAGAGGACAGCAGUCAUCGACCACCACAACUACGACAUCUCCGACCCCGGCCAGCACACGCUGAUCGUGGCUGACACUGAGAACCUCCUGAAGGCCCCCACCAUUGUGGGAAAAGCAGCACUGAACCCCAUCCUGUUCCGAGGAGUUGGGAUGGUGGCUGAUCCUGACAACCCAUUGGUGCUGGAUAUCCUGACUGGCUCUUCUACCUCUUACUCCUUCUUCCCAGAUAAGCCCAUCACUCAGUACCCGCACGCGGUGGGGAAGAACACGCUGCUGAUCGCGGGGCUGCAGGCGCGCAACAACGCCCGCGUCGUCUUCAGCGGCUCCCUCGACUUCUUCAGCGACGCCUUCUUCAAUUCUGCCGUGCAGAAAGCGACUCCCGGCUCCAAGAGGUACUCCCAGACAGGUAACUACGAGCUGGCCGUGGCCCUGUCCCGCUGGGUGUUCAAGGAGGAGGGCGUUCUGCGCGUGGGCGCCGUGUCCCACCACCGCGUCGGGGAGCGGGCACCGCCCAACGCCUACACCGUCACCGACCUCGUGGAGUACAGCAUCGUGAUUGAGAAGCUCGCUGACGGCAAGUGGGUGCCCUUUGAUGGGGACGACAUCCAGCUGGAGUUCGUGCGCAUCGACCCCUUCGUGCGCACCUUCCUCAAGAGGAACGGUGGCAAAUACAGCGUGCAGUUCAAGCUGCCGGACGUCUACGGCGUGUUCCAGUUCAAAGUGGAUUACAACCGGCUGGGAUACACCCACCUCUACUCCUCCACACAGGUGUCUGUGCGUCCCCUCCAGCACACGCAGUACGAGCGGUUCAUCCCCUCGGCAUAUCCCUACUACGCCGGCGCCUUCUCCAUGAUGGUCGGCCUCUUCAUGUUCAGCAUCGUCUUCCUGCACAUGAAGGAGAAGGAGAAAUCCGACUGAGCUCCCUGUGGGAGCCUUUUCCCAGCGCCAGGGGGGCUGGGCAGUGCUCAGAGCCUCCCGUGUAUCCGUGUCAGGACUGGUGGGUGCCGGGUGCACUGUGGGGCUGUGUUUGGUCUUUUUCAUUUUUACACCUGGGGGGUUAUUGAGAAUGACAAAUUCUGGGGGGAGAAUCUGUUACCAAGGUAUCUGCAUCCCAGGACCAGGAUGUUUACUGAUGAGUUGUGAUUUUUUGCUCGCUCCACUGUUGGGACGAUUUGGGUUGGAGUCGUGUUGGAAUGAUAUGGGUUGGAGUUGGGUUGGAAUGAUUUGGAUUGCAGAUUAAUUCCCAGUUCAAAAUAAAGUCUCGUUCCUCUCAUCCUC